AUGUUCAAUCAGUAUUUUUCAACAUACGUGCAGGAUUUGGAACAGGAGCCUUUUGAUGCUAUCGGUUUAGUGGAACGGUUAGCAUGGCGUUUGACUGGCGGUAGUGAAAAUCUGGAUGUUGUCGAUUUGAAGAAUAAAUUUGAGAAAGAAAUUGGUAAUUUACAAAUGAUCAGUGACCAGUUCCAGUCAAAAAUUACCCAUUUGGAGCAGCAGUUAAACCGCGACAAAAGCAGCCACCUAGAGUCACUGCGCCGAUUACACGAGAAAAAUGCGGAUGCAUUUGACAAGCUUAAACAACUCGACGGUACGAUGCAGACCGUCUCUACAAAAGUGGUACAUCUCGGGGAUCAGUUAGAGAGCGUACAUAUUUCUCGUUCACGAGCUGAUGAAGCUCUUCAGCUCAUCAAGCAUUUCAACGAAUUUAUGGCGGAUCAACCUCUUAGUUCUGAAAUAUUUACAGAUCCCGAUAGACUUUUGGAGUCUGCAUCAAUGAUACAAAAACUGUAUUCAAUUUCACAAGAACUUCUGAAGGAAAAAUUUCACGCUGUUCAAGUUAGGAUAGCGCAUAAAUAUGAUGAGAUCGAAAGGUUGAUGAUUGAAGAAUUCGUUGCUGCCCACAGGACAGGAAACAGACAGAGGAUGCACGAAAUUGCUUCUAUCCUUGUAGAUUUCAAGGGUUACUCGCAAUGUGUAGAUGCUUAUAUAGAACAUAUACAGUUGAAUGCCUUCAGAAGUAAUAAUGUUUUUGAUGAUAUGGUUGCUCUGUGCGGGAAAACCCAGGCAGUAAUAGUCAAGAUUUUCCCAAAUGCACAACAAGUCAUGUCGAAACUUGUCCUAAACUUGUUUCACACGAAACUACAAGAGACCGUCGUAACCAAACUUGGAGACCCAGAACAGGAUUUGGAAAAUUACUUGGUUUCUCUUGCAGAUCUUUACUCGAGAUAUUUUGUUGCUUUCAAAAAAGCAAUUUCAAGGACACAAAAACUGGUAGUGAACCUCUCUUCUUUUCGGAUUGGAGGUUCUGAUACGCAUUUUCUCCCAAAACUGACUCACUCAGUAUUUGGUCGGUAUCUUGAAACUUAUCCAAGGUAUGAACAGCAGUAUCUUACGGAACAGUGCAGUUCUAUACUGAGUCGGUUUUAUGAGUCGAAAGGCCACCAGAAAAAGCAACUGCAGAGUGGCGGACUCCAAGAUUUGAAACGUGAUAUUCAGGCACGCUUACUAAAUGUAGAAACAUACGGUGGAGAAACUUUCUUAUCGGAAGAAUUGGCAAUCAAUAUUUUGCAAGAAACGAAGAAUGCCUUUAACAGAGUUCAACUGUUAUGCGAAAAAGAAGAGGCGUCACGCAUGACCGAAGUUAUUUUUGAUAUGCUAUUAAAAUAUUUGUAUAAUGAACACGUUGAUUACGCUAUUGAUUUAGCUUUGGCUGGAAUAUCUUUGGCUGAACCGAAAUCAAAGCCUCCGAAUCACUUUUUCUCAGUAUUACAGCAAGCUGGUGCGAUUACACAUCUUUUUGAGAAGCAGUAUGACGACUCUAUAUUUCUCAUCGUGAAAGAUACACCAGUUGAAGCUCAUUGUUCUAAGAAACGCCUUGAAGUGAUGCAGAGUGCAGAAAAUCGUUUAAAUUUGGGUUUGGAAAGACAACUGAAUGCUUUAGUUGGUUACAUACGAUUUAUCCUUAUGUCAGAGCAAAAGAAAAACGAUUUUAAACCCGAUAAUGAUUUUCAACAAAUUACAGUAAUGUCAAAUGCUUGUGGUUUGGUUGUUAAAUACUUGUCGUCAGAAGUGGCAGUAAUUUCCGAUAGUGUUGAUGGUGGCAACUUAACAGCAGUUAUGAAAGAAUUGGGAAUGCGUUUUUAUAGAGCAGUUUUAUCCCAUAUUUAUCAGUUUACUUACAAUACUCAAGGAGCAAUGCUGCUACUAUGCGACAUCAAUGAAUACAGGAAAUGUGUCAUGAAUUGGAAGAUUCCAGAGUUGAGUAAACAGUUCGAAUCGUUGCACGCAUUAGCCAAUCUUUUAGUUGUUGUUCCUGAAAAUCUCAGCGAAGCAUGUGCGUCUCAGCUACUGAUUGAUGUUGAUCGGUCGAUGGUGAUGAAUUUUGUACAGCUAAGGGUAGACUACAAAACGGCCAAACAGUUCUUAACUGUAAUGUAA